AUGAACCGCUCGUGGAAUGCCAGUGACCUUUCGGUGAUCACCACCCGUGUAUCAGGGAACGACACUUCAUCAGCCGAACCUAUCGUCGCUUCCUAUGUAGCGCUAGUCGUCGUCCACCUAAUCGGCUUCCCCCUGAACGCUAUCAUGGCAAUCAUGUUCCUCACGCGCAUCACCAAAGUUCCGUUCGAUUUCUACUUUCUCAGUCUGUUGGCGGUCAACGCGCUCUUCGACGGGAUUAUGCUGCCGUUCUCCUCCAUCAACGCGUUCUACCCCCACUUGCAUAUCGGCGAGGCCGGGUGUGUGUUCUACGUGUACGCCGUCUACGUCUUCAACAUCGCCCAACCGGUCAACCACGCUGUUAUCGCCCUCAACCGCAUCUGGGCCAUGGUCCAUCCCAUCAGUUUCCGGGAGGCACAGAGUCGCCGCUUAGUCGGCCGGGUCAUUGCGGUCAUGUGGAUCAUCCCGCACGCCAUCGCGUUGUCCACGGCGACGGUCAGUGUCACCGCUCGGCACGCCGAUCAGAUCAUCUUCUGCUUCAAUUUCGUAAUUGCGCCCUCGCUGGCGGAGAAGAUCUCGGAGAAUGUCCAGAAGAUCAUCGGGCUGGUGUCGUUCCUCAUCACCUCCGCGUCCAUUCCCAUGGUGAUCUGGAAGCUAAGGAAGCGCGAGAAAGUGAAAGAGAACAGCGUCCACCCGUCGUCAACCGGCAGCAAACGCACCGGGACCACCAGUCAGCCGAUCGACCCGGCGACGAAUAGCACCCAGCCGAGUACCCAAUCGGCCACCCUUCCAGCGACUAAUAACACCUCGGCCACCGCCCAACCGGCGGCCAACCAGCCGGCUGUCCCUACCCGCCCGCAGGCGUCAGCGCCGUCUAAUGAGACGCGCGAUCGAGACCGUUCGCAGGAAAACCAGGCGAAUCUGUUUAUGGGGGUGCUGGGGAUCAGUAUCCUGAUGUGCUGGGAACCGUAUGCGAUUUACUUCGGAUUCCAGAAUGUGUUUGGAUAUUUCAACGCAGAAGCGUUCGCCACGGUGAUUAUUCUGUCCAAUUUACAGUCGGUGGCGGAGCCUAUUUUGCUAUUUCUGACGUUGCCGAAAUGGAGGAAAGCCAUCACGGAUUAUUUCGCGGCUUGCCGGACCCACUGA